GUGGUCGUUAUGUAAACCAUAUUUGUCACUUACGAUUUAAACGAACGCGGGGAGACUUUUUAUUUUUGUUGCUGAGGAUUUCUUCAAUUUGCGCGGAGGGAGGGGAGAGGACGGAGAAGGGGGGGGUGCAGCCCACCCAGUCUGUCAGCGCUGCAGUCAGUCAGUCAGUCGUGUGGUGUGGUGUUGUGUUGUGUUUUGUGCUGCUAGUUGUUGUUCGGGCUGUGUGCGUUGUUAACGGCGAAGGGACGGACACAGACGACGUGUGUGCGGGCUGUCGAAACGUCAACAGUCGAGGUUUGCUGCCGUGCUGCCGUCGGGAGAGUGAAUGGGAUAAGAAAAACAGCCAGAGCAAAGCCAGCUAGUCUCUCGGAAAGGAGUGCAGUCUCUUCUUGCGAGAAGAGAGUUGUUUGCCUCGUUCCCCCCUCUUAUUCUCUCUCUUCUCGCCGUAUUUUUUUAAGGAGUUCCCUCGAGUGGAGAAACAUCGGCGAUAUCCGUGCUCAUUUCCUCCACUUGAUCUGCAUCGGUUCGCCACUCGGAUGAGGCUGACUUGUCUUACCUAGCGAUUUGGGGAGAAAAAAGAAAAAGAGGAGGAAGAAGUGGUCCUCACACCAGCGAAUUUUUUUUAAAUUUUGUUUUUAGACGAAGUAGUCCCUGUUACAGAGGACCUAGGGCCACAUAGACAAGCAUGUGAUGACUCACGCAAGGCAGAAGGGUUCCCUUGGGCACAGCCAAAGUAGUCCAGAGUGGUGGGACAACAGCUGUCUUUGGCCACAUGGUGGUGCCAUGGGCGGCGCCUGGCCUGAGCGCACACUCCGAUUUGGCAGAACAAAGAAGAUAAGCGAGGUCACCAAAAAAGACAGAAACAUGGCCAAGAGGAUGAAUGACAAGAGGGAAAGAACAGAAAGAUCAGAGCAGAAAAGAAAGGUGGACCGGAGGCACGUCAAAAAACGGGACAGGAAAAUGUACCCUUUGCGAGGGAGGGCUGGGAAUUCAGAAAGUGAAGGACUCAGCUGCCAUGUCCUCCUGACCCGACUGGAGGAAAACAUUCGUGAAAAGCAGAGGUCUAAGGAAAGGAAAGGAAAGGAUGGCCGCGGACGAUUAUCUCACAAAUCCAAGUCAAAAAAAAGGAAAAGCAGUGACGGAAAAGAGGAGAAGUCGUCACCAAAAAACAAAUUAAAAUCAUGCAGUGGAAGUUAUAGCAAGAGUAUUGGGUUGGGAGUCUUUCAGCCACGCAAGCGGAGACUGGCUUCUCUCAAUGCUGAGGCGGUAAACAGCCUGCUACUAGAAAGAGCCACUGAUCCCCAACCAGCAGCCAAACAGGCCAAGAGACAGGAGGAACCCAUAAAUGCAGGGGCUUUCCUAGAUGCAGAUCCAGCGAGAGGUGGUGUCUGCGGAGGUCUUAAGGCUUUGCGAGGGACCAACACUAAAGGCUCCACAUCUCACGAACUUGAAGCGUGCCAAAGCUCUAAGCCUGCAAAGAGGGCCAAAGUUAGCCGAGGGAAUGAAAGUUUGGGGAUGAGUCAGGAGUGCCUUGACGCUCCUGCACCCAGACGGUUGGCUGGACUUAAUGCCGCAGCCCUGCUGAAGUUAACCAGUUCCUCUGCUACCAGUAAACAAAGAGCAAAGGCUGCACCCACUGCUACUGUUACUUCAGACUGCAAGGCUCCCGUCGUGGGCCCGACCCUAAAGUCGCACUCGAGGGUCAAACUUCAGCACAAGGGACGCACACAAAAGCAGAAGGGGAAAAAGAUCCCUCCCCUGCACAGUGGCUGCACAGCUUGCAAGAAGAAGGCAGGCUUUGAGCCAAAGGUGGAGUGGGAAACGGGUGGCUGCACCCAUCGACUGACAAAACCGGGCUACCAGUCACGCAGUAUGCUAGCAUACCCACUGAAGAAAGUGAAAGAGGAACAGCUGGAGACUGAGCUGAGCCCGUACUACUGCUUUCCUGCAGAGCGCUCAAUGGACUACUGUCACGGCUUGGCCUUCUUUCUAGGCCAGCAACCCUAUGGAGAAUCAGACGAUCAGCCACUUAACUCAGCCAUGACCCCUGUGAAGCGCGAGUGCCUAGUAACCCCACCAUCGCUGACACAUUCCCUACCACACACAGCGCUCACCCUGAGCCCUCACCCCUGCCUCUGCACCGCCGACCAUUGCUUCUCCAGCUAUUACGUCCACAUCGCCCACCCGACACACACUGGAACAACUUCAGCCACCAUGGCCCCGCGACCUCUGAACUUGCCCCCAUCUAGUUUGUGCCCUAGCCAAAUGAGCGGCUCCAAGCUGCUGGGGCAGCAGGUGUCACAUCCGUCGGGACUAGCCCACCCCGCCUACUGCAAUUCUGUGGCGUCACCCUGUUACGGUGACGCCUGCGGGAUUAGUGGGUAUACCUACAGAGCAAUGGCUCCUGUCACCAGCAGGGGUUGCUCUUUUAGCACAGGAUGCACUGGAUGCACGCACAAUAUCAAAACAGAGGGUUACCCCUCCCCUCAGGGUGAUCACAACCCUUCCCUUCUGGUUCCCCCCACCAUGCCCAUGUCCAGCUGCCCUCUGUCCAGUGUGCCCACUUCCACGCAGACUAAACCCCACCUACUGAACCACCUGUCUGGACGAGACCAGCCCCAGGCUAGGCUAAAGCUAGCCAAGGAGUGCCCAAAGAGCACCAAGCCCUCCGGUGACUCUCUGUCCGUGGGCCGCGCACAGCUAUCGACAAAGGAGUCGCCACCCGUGCCAAGCCUCAGCAGCACCAAACAAAAGAGGGUCAGCCGCAGACGGGCCACUAAUGGCUGGCUGCCUGUUGGAAUGCCCACAGAGAGGGAGGUCUUCAUUGCGGGAGAGGAUGAGACGGCCCUGCGGCAAUGUUACGAAGGAGUAGAGAGGGACGGUGAAGUGAUACGUGUGAGAGACACUGUGCUGCUACGAUCAGGCCCCAGGAAGAAAUCCCUCCCAUAUGUUGCCAAGAUAUCAGCACUGUGGGAGGACCCCAAAACAGGAGAGCUGAUGAUGAGUCUUUUCUGGUACUACCGACCUGAGCACACACAGGGAGGCAGAGAUCCCAGCACACACUGUGAGAAUGAGAUUUUCGCCUCUCGGCAUCAGGAUGAAAAUAGCGUGGCCUGCAUAGAAGACAGAUGCUAUGUUCUCCCACUAGCCCAGUACUGUAGAUUUUGUGCCUUGGUGAAGCGGCGUGCUGAAGGUGCCCCGCCUGGCAGUGCCAGCAUGGUGCCCUGCCGCCCCGACUUUGCCCCUCCUUCCCACCGCUGUGUGCCCACAGACGUCGACCCCGAGUUGGUGUAUCUCUGCCGGCACGUCUACGAUUUUCGUUACGGUCGCAUCUUGAAGAAUCUACAGUAGAGGGUGGAGGGCCGUUGCACCUUUUGAAUUAAUCGUCAAUGAAGCACCGCCCCAUCCCGCACAAAGAAGAGGGAGUGAAGGGGGCUGAGGGACUUUUUUUUGUUUUGUUUUGUUUUUAUCCAGUGAGCACCUCACAAUCAGAGGGAAGGGGGUGGUGAUGGGGUGAGGUCGUCUAUUGGGCCAAUAAGAAGCACAGAUCCCUUUAGCUGGAAUGUGGUAGACAGAGCACCAAUGUUUUCUGGUUUUGGUUUUGGAAGAGAAAGGAGUGAUAAUUCAUUCUUCAGAUCAGAUUUUUUUUUAAUUUUUAAAAGCUUCCACCACACUCUGAGGUUUCAGCCUCCAAUCGCUUCCCUGCCAGAAUUGCUGAACGCCAGGCCGAGCUGGGCUGCUGUCAGGACUGUGUUUCCCCUCAAGCAUCUUAGCACAACAAUCAUGUUUGUUCCAUUUGUAAGCCAGUGGCUCAGGGAUGGUCCGGCACCGAGGCGCUGCCGGGGAACACAGGCCUGCGCUGUCCGCUCGGCGUUAACGGUGCUCAAGCAGCGAGAGUGAAGGAGCAGCUAAUGGAGAGUGUCGUCUCAUUUCUCCCAAUUUCGAACCCGCAUGAGUCUGCGCAUGCGUGUCAGAGAGAAUGGAGAGCAAGUGUGACUCCAGGGUGAAUGGAUAACUGUCGGCAUGUGUGAUGGGUUUUUUGUUUUUUAAGGAAACCAAAACACGCAGCUUUAGAGAAAGCAGAGCUUCCUUCUCUUCUCCUGACACUGACCGAAACCUUUUCAUCUCAAGUGAUGAGUUGCGCAAAACUAAAAUGAUUGCACCUGAACGGGGUUCGUGAGACAGUCUUUUCCCUACUAGACUCGAGCAAACUAGAGCAGGGAUCUUUUAACUUUGUGUGAGGACACUAAAAUGUCUCGCGAUAGAUUCGAAUCAGUAAAAAAAAUAAACACACGUGAUGAAGCAAACUGUAAUCUCAGCUACUUGAAGAAGAGGCUCCCUUAUGGGUUUUUGGUGGUGUCGCGUAUACUCUUUCACAUUUACUCGUUGCUGUGACUUGCCUUAUGACUUGCAGCGAGAGCUUCAGGCAGCUACGUCUCGCCACAUCAAACACUGAAGCGGUAGAACAGGGUGCACCUGCAGUCCUUGAAAGUAGGGUUUGGUUCAGUCUACGUGGCUCUCUUACAGACAGUACAAGGUGUAAAAGUAGUGGAGAACAUCUUUUGUACAUUUUUACAGCGAAAGGUUAAGUUGGCCGUUCGCUUGGCAAAGAGAAAAGCAUGAACUUGUCAGCUUAGAUGUGAUGCGCUUGGCAUUUGUGCGCCCUCUCUCCAAAAGAAAAGCGGAUGACAUUAGCUCCCGAUUGUUUUUCUGAUCGCCGAUACAGUUCGAUACGCCCCUCCCCCCCCCCCUGCCAAGAUAAACCAAAGGAUGUCUCACACAAGCCAGAAUUCCCGUCUCCACCCUCACUCCUUCUCUCCGUCAGCGCUUCUAGUCCUCACUCCCUUGUUCUAUUGCACUAAUCCAUUCCUUAAUUACUACAAAUGCGUUCAGCUUCCAGUUACUUAAUAUUGACGCCGGGUGGGGUGGGGCUCACUGUAUAUCAUUUAUUUGUGUGAGAGUGUGUGUGUGUGUGUGUGUGUGUGUGUGUCUUUUUUGUACCUUUGUAGAAGGAAACCGUGAGGAUGUCAUGGCUGCUUUUGUCAGUGCAAACUGUGUAUUUCUAUUACUUAACCAGUAGAGGAGUCAAGUCAGCCAGCCAGCCAGCGUGUUUGUCAUGUAACCUGAUGCUCGACAUGUUGAAUCAUGGGAUAUCGCUCGAGUCAUUCCAUCCGAUUUGUCAGUCAGCUCUAACGUACCUAUAUAAUUAUACAGUAUAUAUAUAUACAUGUAUGUAUCCACACUGUCAAUGUGAUUAGAGUUCAAAGAGGCAUCUGGAUGGAGGCCUGACCCACUGUGCGGGCAGACGUAGCACCAAGCUGAAGGGCGUUUGGGUGGAGGUUUGGAGGGACAGGUGGGCUAUUUUGAUACUUGUAAGUUGUGGCGGAUUUCUGACCACACUCUUCUAUCGCCUUAACCUCGCAAGCAAGCGUUUUUUUUUGACUUGUGAGUGGUGUUGGAGUGCGUGAUCGUGUACCUUUAACGGCAUAAAGAGUAACCAGCUGCUUUCCCACGCAGCAAACGCCCCGUCCUUCAACGUUGGGUAAAGCCCUCAAAAGUUUUGACACACUAAAGCCAUCCUGAACUUUUUUUCUCUAUUUGAGCCGCACGAAUCGUGACCCAAGACAAAAAUCAAAUCCUGAUCAUUGGGAGGUUUUUGCUUUUAAGUUGUUAUUAUUUCUAUUAAUCCCCAGAUUCUUCAAAGAGGUAAUAUAAAUAGAUAUAUUCUCCUACUUUACGAUUUCUCCUUAUUAGGGAUAUUUUAUUAUGUCAGUUUCCUAAGAUGGUGUAUUGCAGUAUAUUUUUAGACUUGCUAUUUUUGGAAAAUGAACGUAACUAAUCAAGAGGAUAUGCAUUAUUUUUCCGUUUAUUUCAGGUGAGUUUUAGAAACAAUGACAGCGUUAAUUGAAAUUUGACCAAAUGGGAAAAAAAAAAUAAAAAUGAAGGGGACUGAUGUAUGACCUGAGGUUGGAGAUAAUAGGCCAGUGGAAAUCUCCCAUCCAGCCAACUUCUAAUGAAGUGUAGAUAUCUGAAUCCAGGAAGCACCGGGCACUCUUUAAACAGACAGUCAAUGGACAGUGUAGUAUUUUGGCAAGAUCUGUAAUAAUUAUAUUUAAAGUAAGAAAAAAAAUAUUUAAAUCUAGUAAAACAUAUUAAGAUUUAAUUUUAACUUAUUUGGAAAUACUGUGUCUAAUUGAUUAACUAUAUCCUGUUUUCUUUGUGCUCCAGGAUAGAAAAGAUUUCUGUUCAUUUGUAACAAUAUAAAUAUUAUUUAGAUUUUUUUUUCUUUAAAUUAUAUCAUUUUUAAUUGGGUGGAGGCCACAGUGAAGCUCACGCCAGCAGACGGGAGAGAAAGCACUCGCAUGAAAACACGGGCUCGUGUUUUAUCAGAAUUCCUGUCUUUACAUGCUGGAAAAAAAAAGUCCAACCUGACCUCAAGAAUUGGGGGGCGGGGGCAACACUUCCAGGUCACAUGCCGUUUGGGAGAAUGUGGCAACGUGGUCACCUGAGCAUUUAUUGAUUAGUCCUAUUAGGGGAGAGACUGAUGGGACACCUGAGACAGGACAGAAUGCCCCCUGGUUUUCAAGGAGAAGAUCCCCCUCGGAUGCUGAAGUGGGACCAGUUUUCAUCCUCUGAAACAAAAGUCACUGAGGGUCAGGAAUUAGGCACUGUGUGAAAAUUAUUAGGUAGGGGAAGCAUUAGCAUUAGUAUUCAUGUAUUUGGCAGGACAGAUGGGUUUAUUUUAUUAUGUUUUUUGGUCUACAAUCAUGACCAAACCCACAAACUCUACACUUUACAUAAAAAAGUGUUUGUGUUCUCUCAGUUUUGUUUGCUAUAGAAGUACUGUUUAGAUGUAGUGAGGGGAUCCUAUUGCCAUUGCCUUUAGAGCAGCGGUCCCCAACCCCCGGGCCUCGGACCGGUACUGGUCCGUGAGUCGUUUGGUACCGGGCCGCGAGAGUUGAGGCUCAGGUGUGAAAUGUAUGGUUUUCAGGGUUUUUA